CGAGGGCGGGGAAUUGAUAUGCUUAAUUUGCACUGUGCACUUACAAUAUUUUUAUAUCAAUGUUUCUUUUUUAAAUGUAGAAUGUGUGCAUGCAUGGCUAUUGGCAUAGACUACAUGGGAAAUGCCUCGCAGCUACCUUGCAAUGUUAUUUUUUGUCUAUGUUGCGCGUUCCUUUCCCCUGGCUUUCAACCACUGAGAGAUCAAACAGCAAAUAUGUAUGCUACGCGAUGCACAGUGUUUUCCUGGUCUGGUGGUUGGGGGGGGAAACAGGCUUUGCUUAAUGGCUAUCCUGUAACAUGGAUUAUAAAACUCGGAGUAGUUUCAUGAUUAGGUUUGUCACAUCAGAACUAUGUUUUGUCUACAGUCAGUCGACGCGCUCCUGUGUUGUACUCAGCUAUGACCUCCCUCGGCUCGCUUUCUGUCUUUCUACCCCACAAAGUCAAUGGUGGGCGGUACAACAGUGCUCAGUUUUCAGUCGGUUGCAAAUGUCACAGCCCUGAUCUCGAGCCACCAUUGGCUCCUGUCUGCAUCUACGUCACGAUCAUGAUUAGAAUUGAUGAUCGGACGUUUUGAUUUCAUUGUCUGGCUAGGGGACUCAUGAAGAAAUCUGCUGAAUUCGAGCGGCCGUUGAUUUGUCAACAAAAGGGCCUGUUGAGUCCUCCCAGCUAGGCAAGAACAGCCAUGUGUCAGAAAAUGCCAACACACAGCCAGAAGUCCCCCUCAGCCUCAGGAUGCUAGGAUACAGCAUUCUUCUACACGUGCUCAAAAACGUACAAGAACUUAACAAAUAAACGGCACUAAACCAAAACAAACAACUUCAGUGAAAGUUGCUGGUUUUCUCCAAAACUCGCAUGAUGCUUGUGUGAAGUCCCUGUCUGAGGUGCAGCCCGUGGAGCUGUCCAAGUGCUGUGUAUGAGGGCCUAGUUGUGUUAGGGAGGUCCUCCUCAUUGAGGCUUGUUCCUGGGCUUCUUGCUGCUCUCUUGGUGCCUCCACAAACUCUAACUAUGGAAGCAUGGCAGGACAAGCGGAGCAUUCAGACUAUGAACCUGCGUUCCGUAUUCACCCCGGAGCAGCAGCGAGUCUUGGAGCGGUACUAUGAUAAUGGAAUGACCAAUCAGAGCAAGGGCUGCUUCCAGCUCAUACUGCAGUGUGCCCAGGAGACAAAGCUGGACUUCAGUGUGGUCAGGACUUGGGUGGGCAACAAACGACGAAAGCUGGCAUCAAAGUUCGACCAGAACGGCCAGCGCCUAGAUGACAUGCCGCACGGCUUGGCCAAUCACGCGCUGGCAGGAGGCGCUGGAGGGGCGGGGCCCCUGGGGAUGGGUCUGGUUCUGAGUGCUGAGUUGGCGGCGGCCCGCAGCGUCCAGCGCGGACCCUCGGUGGCCCACCUCCUUCCUCCCGCCUCCUGUCCCUCGUCUUCCUCGUCGCCCUCCUCCAGCUCUCCUCACAGCAGCGGAGGUGGUGGCAGCAGCAGCAGUAGCAACAACAACAACAACAACAAUGACGUCAUCGUCACUGGCAUCUACUCCGUCGGGCGGGGCUCGUCCUCGUCCCGUCUUGACGGCGCUUCCACCCAUAGCCGGUCCUCCACUUCGAAACCGCUCCCUCCUCACACGCCCUCGACACGGACACACACCCCUCACACACUCGCCCAGCCGUGCGGACGGACCACUCGCGGGUCUCCAUAUCGCUACCCCACAGCAAAUCCCCACAGAUGCAGCCCUCGCCCUCCACCUCACUCUUGUACGGCCAGGCUAGGAAGUCCUACCUGUCCAGAGACCCCGCGGCAGCUGCGACCCCGGGCAUCCCCCGCUGCUGGGCUAAACAGUACGGGACGCCCCAGCCCCAGCCCCAGCACUGGGCCCUCGGCAGCUCUCAGUCGCAGGGCCCCUCGCUCCCAUCAGCCCAUGCUGGGGCCGCUCCAGUGCACCCGCCCCCCCCGCGCAGCUCUGCGGAUGUCAGCAUGCGCAUCCAGCAGGUGUUCACGCUGGCGGGGCUGGCUGAGGCACAGCAGAAGCUGGCAAUGGGGGGGGUGGCGGGGAUGGCGGGAGGCGGAGGGUCGCAGGAGCCGAGGCCCACCAGAAGACCCCCGCGACCUCCCGACCCCUUGGCGACCUUCUCCAUCGCCAUGGAGACGGCCGACGCGGACGACGAGUACUCGCGGGAGGAGGAGCUGGCCAGCAUGGGCGCUCAGAUGCAGAUCGGACGGGCGCAGAACAGCGGCGGCACUAACAGCUCGGCCGGGGAGGGGGGAAGCGGGGGUGGAGCAGGGGUAACGGCCGGGCCCUCCUGGAUGGACAGGCGAGAAGAUGGGAGGGGGCCCCUGAGCGUGAGUAGUCGGAACCAGGUGUCAGUGGGCCUCGGCACCUCCAGCUCGG